AUGGAGAUCGGAGUUACAACGUUGAUAAAAGUGCGAAUGUGCCCCUCACGAGAGGGGAAGAUCCACCUGAAAAAGAGGCUAGACGACCGUGGAAUGACAAAUCCGAACGAGCAGGACCUCGUGGACAAUGGAAUGAGGGUCGAGAUGGAAGAGACCGUGAUGGAGACAGAGAGCGACGCCGUUCUGUCGAUCGAAGCGAGCGAAGAAGGAGUAGAUGGGACGAUAGAGGAAGCAGUAGCAGUCGACGAGAUAGUCGAGAAAGACAUCGAGGCGAUAGAGAGGAUCGAGAUCGCGACCGUCGAUCUCGAGAUCGUGACAGAAGCAGGAGCAGAAGCAGGAGCAGAGAAAGGGACAGGGAAAGAGACAGAGAUAGGGAUAGGGACAGAGACAGAGACAGGGAUAGAGAUAGAGACAGUAGAGACCGGGACAGAGAUCGAAACAGCGACAGUGACCGAAGAAGGGAUCGAGAUAGCAGGUCAGACCGAGGUGACCGCAGUCGACGCGAUCGAGAAGAUCGGUCAGACCGACAUCGAACAAGGGAGAGAGAGUCUCCUCGUUAUGAUGACGAACCUCCAUCUGCACAAACUCAAGCACCACCGGAUAGCGCUCGUACGGGAAGCGUCACGUGUAGUGUUUUUAAUGCGAUCGGUUGUGUUGUUUGCCGCUUGGCGCAGAUUAGCACAGGGACCGUCAUCAAAUGGCUCGGAAGAAGCCAUGGUGACGUCGACGACAGAUGUGGACUUGAGCAUGAUUGAAAGACCGCCUAAUCCACCGGAAACUUUCGACGCACCAGAACCCGCGGAACCCGAAAGGAAUUCGGAACCCGUUGAGGAACCGAUUCAGUUGAAUGCAAUGGAUGAGCCGGUCGUGGAAGAAUUACUGUUCAAGAAACCGUUACCAAGAGCAACACCACUCCUUGGAGGAUUGUAUCAAGAUAUAUCACCACCGGAUAAAUCCCCAGAUCGGACUGUUACUCCUCCUCCAGCUCCAGAACCUACAGAAGCAGCUGAAACCACAGAGACGUGA